CAUGGUGUCACUACAGUCCUCACCUUUUGUCCUCCACCUCAUUACUCUCAUCCAUCUUUGCCCUAAACUUCCUGGCCUCAUUCUUCACUUCUCCAUCUUAGGACUUCUAAUGCCUUGUUUCCACUGAGCAGCAUGGGUUGGUACAGCUUUGUUCGCUAUUUUGACUGUUCCCAAUGUAAAAGUGGCCCAUACAGCUGACUAGAACCACACCAUUCCUCCUUUAGUGUAAGUCCAAAGAGCAAUGGUACCGUAUGGUUACGGUGGAGCUACUAGUGCCACACAAUUCAUUGAUUGGAGGACAGAAAAAUGUCUCUACUACAAAACAUGCAACAUAAUAUUGUGCCACAUUUGUCAUCACACUAUGAUGCUACGCUAGGUGUGAGAGUCCAACUGGUGAACACACAGGUCUUUGCUAAAAAACUUCAUCUUAAUCGCUAUUAAUUUUGGAGACGGCAAAAACUGACCUGUUUUGAAGUUACAUCCUGGGUAAAACUUUACAGAAAUUCUAUGUAAAUUCAAGCUUCAACAAUUUAUUAAAUCACUGAGUGGCUAUGGUUAAGUAAAUACUUGGAAUUAGAUUAGUUAGAAUAAAUCAAUAUUUAUAUAGGUCAGAUCUUCCUCUGGUCUGAAGGACAUUUCAGCACAAAAAUAGAAAAUACUCAGUGUAGUUUAAAAAAUCCUGACUGUUCAGGUUUAUUUUUGUUUGGAAGGAACUCCAGCUUCUUUGUUGGUGAAAUGAGUUUUAUGUUUCGUUUGCGUGAAAGUCAUGAAUCAUUACGGCUGAAAAUACCUGGUUUUUCCUGCUGGUGCAAAGUGCAUAAGGAGUGGGGCAUCACCUCCUGACUUCCAUAAUACACAGGCAGCAACAUAAGGAUAACCUGGAAUUAAAGGGGUGGUUUUGUUUUUUAGACAAAUGGACAUGACGGUUAGAGUCCAAGAGCAUGAGGACUGGAGCAGCGCCACUGACAGCACUGAUUUACAGACACCGUUUAGAAAAAGAAAAAUACCAGGUGCAAGUCAACCAGGGUAGCAAACAUUUUAACAAUUCACAAUAGUCAGAGGUGAGCAGAGUACCCAAAAAUUGUACUUAAACAUAUUUUACCUCAAGUGAGAGUAAAAAGAGCCAAUUAAAUUUUGGGAUGGCUUUUGCACUACAACCAGUAUAAACAGGAGGUGGCAGCAAUUCGCCGUACCUCCCUUAAUACCAAGAAGCGAUAUGUCCCUGACCAAUAUGGCGGCCGCGUUCACGUAUGGCUGUGGCGGGCUUCGACAGGACGUCACCGGAAGCAGCAUUUGUUUACCUCUGGAGACCUCAAAGACUCCGGAAUCUAAAGUUUGUCGUCCAACUGACUUUGUGAACUGAACCGUUAAGACAACAUGGCUUCAAAUUUAGAAGAGGAACUGUCCUGCCCCGUUUGUCGGGACAUCUUCAGAGACCCCGUCCUCCUGUCCUGCAGCCACAGCUUCUGCAGGGCCUGUCUGGGCAGGUGGUGGGCGCAGAAACAGAUCCGGAAGUGUCCGGUCUGCAACUGGGACUCCGACCGCAAGGAGCCCACGUGCAACCUGGUGCUGAAGAACACGUGCGAGGCUUUCCUCCUGGAGCGCGAAGAUGUCUGCCAGCUGCACUCAGAGAAACUGAAGCUGUUCUGCUUGGACCACCAGCAGCCGGUGUGUCUCAUCUGCAGGGACUCCAAGCAGCACAGCGGCCACGUCUUCCGGCCCGCAGCCGAGGUGGCGCAGGACCGCAGGGAGGCGUUGCGGAAGUCCAUCAUGCCCCUCCAGGAGAAACUCAAGCUUUUCACAAAAGUCAAGGAAGACUUGGACCUGACUGCCCAACACAUUCACUCCCAGGCCCGACUCACAGAGGCCAGGAUACGGAAGGAGUUCAGGAUGCUGCAGCGGGUUUUGCGUGAUGAAGAGGAGGUCAGGGUGGCUGCGGUGAAGGAGGAAGAGGAGCAGAAGAGUCUGAAGGUGAACGAGAAGAUUAAGGUUCUAGACGGAGUAAUGACUGCUCUUUACGACACCAUCAAAUCUGCAGAGAGGAAGCUGAGAUGUAAAGACGCUCCGCUCCUGCAGCGCUCCAGCGCUGCAGGAGCGGAGCAGCAGCGCCCCCUGCCGGAGCUGCCCCAGCCGGUUGCAGGCGCACUAAUGGAUGUGGCCAAACACCUGGGCAACCUGCGCUUUAACACCUGGAAGAAGGUCAAACACGUGGUGUCCCGUACGCCAGUGGUUUUGGACCCAAACACGGCCGGACCGGGACUUAUCAUCUGCGAGGAUCUCGCUGCUGUCAGGCGGGGAAGCAGACAGAAACUCCCCGGGAAUCCCGAGAGGUUCGAGUCGGAGGGGAUCGUUUCGGCCUCCAGGAGCUUCACUGCGGGGGUCCACUUCUGGACCGUGGAGGUGGCAGACUGCAGCAGCUGGUUCGUUGGCGUUGCAGAAGAAUCGUUCAAAAGGAAGAAACCGAUUCAGUUCAGGUCAGGAUUGUGGGCUGUUUGUUUUUCCAAAGAAAAAUAUUCCUAUUUCUCCCCUGGAGCGCCCGCCAGCUUCCACGUUACAGGAAAACUGCAGGCAAUCCGGGUCCAUCUGGACCUGGAGAGGGAAAAACUGUCUUUUACCGACCCCAGAACCCUCAAGCACAUCUGCACCUUCUCACACAGCUGGUCGGAGAAAAUGUUUCCGAUCUUUUACGUGGGAGGCGUCAAACCGAUGAAGAUAUUACCGUCAGAGGGCGGCGGGCCGGAAGACGAGGACGGCAAGGAGUAGGACGCCAUUAGGAUGAGGGCAGACAUGUUGCUCAGGGAAGUGAAGCGGCUCGUCCUGUCAGGAGAAGCUUCUCCAUUACAAUAUUUGUCUAUUGCUGCGUUUCCAUUAACCAUAAAAUUGCAAUUAUGAGAAUAAAUUUGCUUAAUGGAAACACGAAAAUCGUAUUUAGCAAAAAUGCAAUGAAACACUUUUCCCCCCACAUUACAGUAGAUCAACAGCCGGAUAUCACUGCUGCUGAAAACAGGGAAGGAGGAAGUAGGAUGGUGAAUAUUUUAUUUUAUUUUAGAACAAUGUGCAGCUGGCUCCAUCAUAGUUCUCACAGCAUCAGGGUUCAUAAAUAGUUGUGCAUCAUCGUGUUGAAUCCAAAGCUCUUCUGUAAAACUACAAUUUCCCAAAACGUUGCUUACGUUGCCGGCUCCAAAAUAGGCGGGGCUUGUUGUAGGACACUAAGGUUUCCUCUGAUGGCUGAAUUAUGAACACAUGUCAUCCAGCGUCACUUCCUCCUGCCCUGAUUUUAUUUGAUCAAAAAACAAACAGACCGCUGCCUGUCGUCAUCUGUGACGUCAGGCUGUUGGUCACGUGACUCGUGUGAUUUUUAACAGUCUUUCCAUUGCACUCUGGACAAGUCCAUUCAUUAUGGCUGAAAAAACACCUCAUCUCAGCGCAAAAUCUGUCAUGGAAAAACUCCAGUUUUUUCAAAAUUGGUGUGUUUCCAUUAAGCAAAUUUAUUUUUGUAACUUCAAUUUUACGGUUAAUGGAAACAUAGCUGGUGUUAGAUUAAAAAUGGUGA